AUGAAGGACGAGUCCGAUGGAAAAUCGACGAAAAAUGAAAAACUACGAGAAUCAUUUGAAGAAGACUACGGUUAUCCACUGUACCCAGAGCGAAAAAAUCCAGAACUUUAUAAAGAGUAUUCCAUGUUAAAUAGAAGAUCCGUAUCUGUAAUAGAAAAGAAGAUAGUGAAAUGUUUUACACACUGCCCAGAACUGCGGAUAUUAAGAGAAGCUCUGAGGGAGCAUGGAUGUGCCUUUAACUUGAGAAGAAACAUAUCUGUGGAGAAAUGUGAGAAAAAAGUCAGCGGUGGAUAUGACCCAAACACAAACCAAAUUGUACUUUGUCACACUAACAUCCCUCCCUCUGCCACUUGUAAACUGUUGUUCCAUGAAAUGACACACGCCUUUGAUGAUUGUCGAGCUAAAGUUGACUUCACCAACAUUGAACACCUAGCCUGUACAGAGAUUCGUGCUGCAGCUUUUGCAGACUGUGGAAUCAUAAGUAGCCUCCUGAACAAUACAGGUUUUGACAUCAGGAACAAACACAAGGAGUGUGUGAGGAAGCAUGCAUUACAGUCCAUCAUGACAACACGGAAUAUCACAGAAGAGAAGGGGAGACAAGUGAUAGACAGAGUGUUUGACAAAUGUUAUAAUGACGUCACACCAUUCGAUUCUCAUAAACUCUCUGAUGCAGGCUCCUAUGACAAAUAUCUCAGGAUGAAAAACCAAGAGGACAAUAGAUUACCUAAAUUUAGAUUCUUCUAAUAAAUUAAUUGAAAUGGUCAA